UCUUAACUCACCAAGAUGCCCAUCAAUGUUGAUGAUGUGAUGCAACUGUUUUGCCACCUCUCUCAGGAGGAGGGGAUGAAAGCUGCUGUCAAACACUCUGGUCAAGGAGCACUGCUGGCAGGCGCAACAGCAUUUAUUGGGGGUCUGAUGGGAGGUCCACCUGGAAUCGCUGUAGGAGGAGCAUUUGGUGGAUUGCUUGGUGCCUGGAUGACUAGUGGACAGUUCAGGCCAGUCCCUCAGAUUUUACUGGAAUUGCCUCCUGCUGAGCAGCAGAAACUCUAUGAUAAAGCCAUUGUUAUUCUCAAGCACUUAGACUGGACUGACCUUGCUCAGCUGACUGCUCUUGUAAUGGGAAAUGCUAGUCUCCAGCAGAAGUUGACAGCAGUGCUGAUAAAUUACCUCUCCAAAGAGCUAAGAGCAGAGAUACAGUAUGGAGAAUAAACCUUUCCAGAGCAGGCUUUU